GUUGGGAGGCAGAGCGAGGAGGGGGGUGCACAAGGGAUGCAGGGGUGGCUAGCCCAGGAGCAGGGGCAGACAGGAAAUGGGGGCAGGACAAACAGCCGCUGCUGGGGCCAGUUCAUUUGCUUGGGACACCCGCAGGCAUAAGCUGUUUAAAUGAUUUUUAAGUGUGAAGCUCUAAGAGCUUCAAAACCCAGUUUUUCUCCCCAGUCCCUACCUCUGGAGCUUGCUGGUGGUGCUUGCUCAAUGCAUUACGACACCGUGCUGCUCCGGGGUCAGCGUGGUCUUUCUCCUAGUGCCCAUCUGAAAUGUCUGUGUUACAUAUUUAGAAGCUGCACCCUACCGGAGGAGGCUUUCAGCCAGUGUUGUCACACCUUGACCAUGAAUGGGUACUUGAACGAAUCCAAUUUUAUGAUGGUGGAGGAGGGUUUCAGCACUAGAGACCUUCUGGAGAACAUCCUGGUGGAGCUGUGCCAGGCGAGUGACCAGCAAGCCUUCUUCGUGGCAGACCUUGGGGACAUCGUGAAGAAACACCUGCGCUUCCUGAAGGCCUUGCCACGGGUCAGGCCCUACUUCCCGGUGAAGUGCAACGGCAGCGAGGGAGUGAUUCGGCUGCUGGCAGAGCUGGGGGCAGGAUUUGCCUGUACCAACAAGGCAGAGAUUUCACGAGUUCAAAACAUCGGAGUCCCAGCCGACAAGAUCUUUUACAGCAGCCCCUGCAAGCAGGUCGCCCACAUCAAAUACGCGGCCAGCCGCGGCGUGCGGCUGAUGGCCUUCGACAACGAGGUGGAGCUGAGCAAGGUGGCCAGGAGCCACCCGCACGCCAGGAUGCUGUUGGGUAUCACCGCUGAUUCCAGCCCUUCUGCCCAUCCGAGCAUGAUGUUUGGGACCACGCUGGAGUCCUGCCGGCACCUGCUGGAGGCAGCGAAGGAGCAGGCUGUGGAGGUCGUUGGUGUCAGCUUUCACCUGGGGAACGGCGGUCUGGAGCCGCAGGCUUUCGCGCAGUCCCUGGCCGCAGCACAGCUGGCCUUUGAGAUGGGCACAGAGCUGGGCUACCAAAUGCACCUCUUGGACAUCGGAGGGGGGUUCCCCGGCACCGAGGACACCCGAGCCCGGUUCGAAGAGGUUGCUGCCGGGAUCAACGCUGCCUUGGACUUGUAUUUCCCAGAUGGCUGCGGGGUGGAGAUUGUCGCCAGACCUGGGCGAUACUAUGUCACCUCCGCCUUCACCUUCGCCGCGAGCGUCACGGCCAUGGCGGAGGUUCCCGUGGAUCAGCCCGGCCCCGGCAGUGUGUGGGAUGGUGGGACGGGCUCGUGUCUGAGCCUCCCUGAGCCCUCUCCCUGCUCCCCCGCAGAGGAAGACUCUGGCAGCAAGAAGAACCUCGUGUAUCACCUCAGCGAUGGCAUCUACGGUGCUUUCAGCCGCCUCCUGUUCGACAGCCCCUGCCCCAGGCCGCAGCUGCACAAGAGACCCGCCCCGGGCCACCCCUGGCACAGCAGCAGCCUGCGGGGACCCCCAGGACACGCCGAGGACGGCAUCGCCGAGGGCCUGGAGCUGCCCGAGCUGCAGGUCGGGGACUGGCUGAUCUUCGAGGACAUGGGCGCCUACAGCAUCACCACCUCGUCCCCGCUCGGGGAGCGUCCCCAGCCGCAGAUCACCUACGCCAUGUCCCGCCUGGCCUGGAAAACCAUCCAGCUCUUCCAGGGCAAACCCCCGCAGAGCGACGACGACCGCGAGAGCGUCUGCGCGCCGCUGUCCUGCGGCUGGGAGAUGGCCGAGUCGCUCUGCGUCGCCCCCGUCUUCGCUCCCACCGGCAUCAUCUGAGCCGCGGCGGCACCGGGGCAGGUCCCGCGGCAUCGCCCCGCUCCGCGCUCGGGGCGCCCGUGGGUGAGGGCUUUGAAGUGUCUCUGUAAAUCCGGUUUGUCCAGCUCAGGUGGUGGCGUGUGCCGGCGAAAGGGGUUUGGCGGGUGGCGCCAAGCAGAUUUGGGUUGUUUUUUUUUAAUUAUGGUAAUAAACGGUUGUCCAGCGCG